GUUGGUAACCGUGAUGCGGCAUCCUUAGUUAACAAUGACGAUCCAACAUGUUUGGAAAUAUGGAACUUGGUGUUUAUUCAGUUCAACAGAGAGAUUGGUGGCUCACUUAAACCUCUGCCUGCGAAGCAUGUUGACACCGGAAUGGGUUUCGAGAGGUUGACUUCUGUUCUUCAGAACAAAAUGAGCAACUAUGAUACAGAUGUGUUCAUGCCUAUCUUUGAUGACAUCCAAAAGGCCACGGGAGCUAGGCCAUAUUCUGGAAAAAUUGGUCUGGAAGAUGUUGACAGAGUUGACAUGGCUUAUAGAGUGGUUGCUGAUCACAUUAGGACUCUAUCCUUCGCUAUUGCUGAUGGCUCUCGUCCUGGUAAUGAGGGCCGUGAGUAUGUUCUGCGACAUAUUCUUCGUCGAGCAGUUCGCUAUGGAAAGGAGAUCCUAAAAGCUGAGGAAGGAUUUUUCAACGGACUCGUAAGUUCUGUUAUUCGGGUGAUGGGUGAUGUCUUUGGGGAGUUGAAGGAACAUGAAAAAAAGAUCACAGAGAUAAUCAAAGAAGAGGAAGCAAGCUUCUGCAAGACACUGGCAAAGGGAAUUGAGAAGUUUCGGAAGGCUGGUCAGUCAGUUCAGGGGAAUACGCUAAGUGGAGAGGAUGCUUUUAUAUUAUCGGCGACAUAUGGAUUCCCUAUAGAGCUGACUCAGUUAAUGGCUGAAGAACACGGGUUGCUAGUUGAUGUUGAUGGUUUCAACAAAGCCAAGAAAGAGGCGAGGGAUAUAUCAAAGAAUGCCCAGAAUAAGCAAGCUGGUGGCACCAUUGUCAUGGAUGCUAAUGCUACAUCAACGUUGCACAAGAUGGGUGUUUCAGCAACAAAUGAUUCUUUCAAAUACAUUUGGUUCCAGGGUCACGAUAGUGAAGUGAAGGGUAUCUACACUGGCUCUGCUUUCCUGGAAAGUUCUGCCAGUGGCGAUAAUGUGGGACUAGUAUUAGCGUCUACAAGUUUCUAUCCUGAGCAGGGUGGUCAGAUUUUUGACACAGGGAUUAUAGAAGGGUCAUUUGGUACAUUCAACGUGUGCAAUGUCAAAAUAUUCGGGGGCUUUGUUCUUCAUAUUGGUAGUCUUUCUACAGAAACUGGAGAGGUAUCGGUGGGGGAUGAAGUAACUUGCAAGGUUGACUAUGAGAGACGUAAACUCAUCGCUCCUAAUCAUACUUGUACACAUAUGCUGAAUUUUGCCCUGAAGGAAGUGCUCGGGGAUCAUAUUGAUCAGAAGGGGUCAAUAGUUCUUCCUGAAAAACUACGAUUUGAUUUCUCCCAUGGUGAGCCGGUUGAUCCUGAAGAUUUGAGAAAGAUCGAGUCCAUAGUGAAUACACAAAUUAAGGAUGAAUUAGAAGUAUAUUCAAAGGAAUCUAUUCUCUCUGAAGCCAAGCGCAUCAAAGGUCUAAGAGCAGUGUUUGGAGAAGUCUACCCUGAUCCUGUCAGAGUGGUUGCAAUUGGGAGACGGGUGGAGGAUCUCUUGGCUGACCCUGAAAACGAUGAAUGGUCAUCACUUUCAUCCGAGUUUUGUGGAGGAACCCACAUAACAAACACACGCGAAGCCAAAGCGUUUGCUCUUCUAUCAGAGGAUGGCAUUUCGAAAGGUAUUCGUAGGAUAAUUGCUGUCACUACUAAAUCUGCAUUUGAUGCUGUGAAUACGGCGUCUUUGCUUGAAAAAGAAGUAGAUGAGGCGUCCAAGGCGGUGGGAAAUGCACUAGAAAAGAAAGUUAAUGCUUUGAAAAGACGAGUAGAUGAAGUAGAUAUCCCUGCAGCCAAAAGGGCGGAUAUCAAAGCCAAGAUUGCUCAGCUUCAGAAUGAAGUGAGGAAAGCUCAAAAGAAAAUAGCAAAGGAAAACCUGAAGAAAUCUGUAGAAAUAGCAACAGAGGCAGCUGAGUCUGCAGCAUCAGAUGGGAAAAACUUCUGCAUUGUCCAGCUUGAUGUGGGACUUGAUGCAGCUGCAGUUCGAGAGGCCGUUUCAAAAGUGAUGCAAAAGAAGGGAAUGUCCGUAAUGGUGUUCAGCACAGAUGAAAGCACAAAUAAGGCGGUUGUGUGUGCUGGAGUUCCAGACAAAUCUGAUCAGUUCAAGCAAUUAGACGUCACAGAAUGGCUGACAACUGCGUUAAGUCCCAUAAAAGGGAAGUGCGGGAAAGGAAAAAGUGGUCUCGCUUCGGGACAGGGAACGGAUGCUUCCCAGGUGAGUUCGGCUUUGGACCUGGCUGCAUCAUUUGCCUCAAUGAAGCUCAACUGAUGUGGUUGGGCGAUUUCAUAAUCUGUUUUACUAGAACCACCUCCACUCAUUUGAUAUCAUUGUUACACAUUUUGUUGAGAAUAUAUGAACUGUCGUGUUUCUAGUGAUAUUACAGUUCAAUCGAAGUUAGCUAUUAAU